GAAAUCCAGACUGGGGCAGAGAGGGCUGGUGAGUUGUCCUGUUAUUUUCUAUGGCGACUUUUUUAAAAUUGUUAUGGUGUAAUUUCGAUCUUUUCAUGGCUCCAAUGGCAAGCAAAGCACAUUAAUAUUCUACAUUUGGACAUUUUUAUAUGCCUAAGUGACAUAUUUGUCCCGACCAUCAACCCUAUUCAUUUCUGCAUUCAUUGGAAUUGAAAGGCUGAAUGGGAAAAUAUUACUUUGAUUUCUGUUUUUACAGUUUUAGCUUGGGCAGUUGGACAAUAUAGAAAUCCAGCAAUCACUGAAUCCAUUGGCCAAUUGUCUGGUUGUGGAGACCUAUAUAGCCUAUUUUGGCUAUUGUCUGGUUGUCCACUGAUUGACUGUAAUACAGUAAUAUAUCCAUAUUUUUUGAAGUCACAGAGUUACUAAUACAGUAAUAGACCUAUAUAAACUGCAUGGAAUAUAACGGAUGAAAAUGUCAGAACAUACUGCAACGCUAAAUAGCUACCUGAAUCAGUGGUCAAAAUAUUUUGAGGAAAAUGGUGAUGAGCUUUUAACGAGAUUGAGGAAUUUUGCUUUCGAGGGAGAACUCCGAAGCUGUAAAUUUCGAAGCAUUUGCUGGAGAAUAUUCCUAAAUUGUCUUCCUUCUGAUAUCGAAAAAUGGAAGAAUACAAUUGAAAUUUCAAGACAACAUUAUGUUGAUAUAAAAAAUAAACAUGUUACCAUUCCCUCUCAUGAAGCAGAAGAAAAAGAUCUAGAUGUGGAAAAUCCAUUGUCUCAAAACGACCAGAGCUCAUGGAUGAAGUUUUUUAGAAACAGUGACUUGAAGAAGACAAUUGAACGUGAUGUUAAAAGAACAUUUCCUGAGAUGGAAUAUUUUCACAAUGAAGCCGUUCACGAACUUCUUGUCAACGUACUUUUCUGUUAUGCUCAAGAACACAGCGAUUUGUCAUAUAGACAGGGAAUGCAUGAACUGCUUGCACCACUCGUUUUCAUCAUCCACUGUGACCUACAAGCUGCUUGUCAUGCUAGGGAAAUUGGGCAUAUAAAUAAAGAUUUGAUUGAUGUCAUUUUGAAUGAAGAAUAUUUGGAACAUGAUUCAUAUGACAUGUUUUGUAAGUUAAUGGAAAGCACUAAUGCCUGGUAUUCCAUUACUGAGAGAGUGAGUAAGGAGAAAAUCAAGGAUGACGGUAUUUCAGAAGAUGAUAAAUCCACUAAAUCCGAUACUGGUAAUCCAAUACCUAAAAGACCAUUUCAACCCCAGGAAAUUGCCACCAGCGGAGGACCAACAUUGGCAAUAACAAACAAAUUGAACCAUAUUCAUAAUACCCUGCUUGUUCAACAUGAUCUACAGCUUCAUACCCAUUUAAAUAGAUUGGAAAUUAUUCCGCAAGUUUUUGGACUUCGUUGGAUAAGACUACUUUUUGGGAGAGAGUUUUCACUCCAGGACCUACUUGUAUUAUGGGAUGCCAUGUUCGCUGAUAGUUCCACAUUAGAUCUUGUUGACUAUUUAUUCGUGGCAAUGUUGAUUCAUAUCAGAAAUCAUUUGCUCACUGCAGACUACAGUUCAUGUAUGCAAUUGUUAAUGAGAUAUCCACCAGUUGAUGAUAUAAAUGAUAUAGUGAAAGCUGCUAAAGAUAUAAGGCAACUGAAGACAAGAAGCUUUUCGGACAGUCUUAUUGAAGCAAGUGCUGAUGCAUCAGUCAAUAAAAUCCAAAGAGGACCCAAGAAAAAUGUCACACAACCUCUCACAGCUUCGCAACGUCAGAAUUCUAAUAAACAAAACAGUCUCAGCAGAAUGUUUAAGGAUUUCACGAGGAAAGUGAUUCCUGAAAAUAAACCCAUCGUUCCAACUCAUAGUAGUUUGAAUGAUCCAACUUAUGCAGGUGAUGUGAGAUCUCCAGCUCAGGCAAAGACACGAACUUCACCACAAUGGAAUAUGAAUGGGAAUCCUCCAUUUUUUAAAAACUCUUCAACUAUUACUGAGGCUCCCAGGGCAGAGGAAAUGCAUAGAGAGCAUCCUGCACAAUUGGAAGAAGAAGUUAUUUAUUUACAUAAAGAACUUGAAAAAAUGAAACAGAUGUGCUUGUAUUGCUCGGAUAAAAUUGAUGCUAGUGUCACUGUUUUACAGUCAAGUGUGAAUUUGACUACGGAUGAAGAUGACAAUAAUGAAAAUGGACAACAAAAUUCUAAUGAUUCUAUGCAAAAAAAUUCAACUGCUAGUCAACAACAGAAGUUUGAAAAAGAACAAAUUUUAGUCACUGUAGCUAGUUUGAAACAAAUUCGUGAUUUACUUCAAGGAUCUUUGACCUUCAACCCCAAUUUAAAAGAGUACAAAAAUAAGAAGAAAACAAACAAUAUCAACAACUCUGAACCAAAAAUCGAAAAUGGAAACGAUCCAGGGGUGCAGCAGCCUGUUCCACAGUCAAUUGUUAAUACAAAUGCUGAUGCGGGUGACGCUUAAAUUUGGUAAUUCAGGAUCUUGUUCUUUUGAUUUCGUUUGCGUCCUUCAAUUCUAUUUUUGAUUGAAAAUCAAAUAUUGGGUCUACUUGAUGGUUUUGCUUGAUAUAUAUCAUAUUUUUCCUCCCUAAAGCUAAUUAUAUAAUAAUAGUGAUGCUGUUAUGUUAGUCUACAAAGUCCUCGAAGACCUUAUUUUACAUUGUAUAUAUCCUUUUCAUUUGUUAUUAGCAAUUGAUUUAACAUUAUAACCAGUAUUUGAUCUACUGUACAAUAUUUGAACAACUGACUUAAAUUAUUUUUUAAACUUUGUCCUGGACCAAAUCAUGUUUUCUGUGCAAUAUGUUAAAUGCAUUCAAAAUAUUUCCGGUAGUAUACUUGGUACAACUGAACAUAACAUCAAAUUGCCGUCCGUUUUACUAUGGUGCUGUAAAGGACGAAGCAAUCUUAGUGUCUUCAGUCUGUAUCCAUCACCAUGAAUGUUACCAUUCCACAGUUUGACAAAUGCAUAAUCAGUUGUUUUUCUUGCACUUACACUCGUUAUCAUUUAUUUUCUCUAUGAAAUCGUUAUAUUUCUGGGUGUGGCCAUUUUUAGCUAAAAUCAAUUCUACAGUGCCAUAUAUAGGUCAAACUCCUUGCAUUGCUUAGGUCAGAUGACCUAACUAGGUGAAUCCUCUGAUAUUGGUUUGUAGUUUAUAUAUCUACUGUUUAUGUUGUUAUUCUAUAACUAAAGAGGUUUAACUUACAAUGAAAACGGAAGAAAGCCUGCUUUUUGUUGGUGAAACUUCUUAAUCAUUGGUGCUAUUGAAGGAUGGGGACAAAUCUGUCUAUAUUCAGGAACCGUGCUUUCAAUUGGUGAAGAAAAAAGAUGCAACUUGGUUCUUAGCUUCAA